AUGUCCGACUUACAAGGAAGGCUUGAAGUGUUACUAUAUUACCAUAUUCACGGGAUGCGCAUACCUCCCAUUUCGGGUUGCAUCUGCCCUUUCUACGUACUGGGGAAGUGCUGUAUACCUCAUUGUAUUGGAGUGAAUCUCCCUUUUCGCCUUCCUGAGUACCCUUCCAAUUGUGGAAGUGCUAUAACUUCUGUUCUCAUUUUAGUUUCACCACCAACAUAUAGUAAUCGUGAUUGUUGUGGAAGGCCGGAAUUCUCCGUUAUGUGUAGUGGCGAUAUACAAGGGUUUACCGAGAAACAACUUAAGAUAUGGUUAGAAGGCGCGACCAACAUUCCAUUUAUCUCAUUAUGGACGGACCUCAGAAGAUUGGGAUCAGAUUUGCGCCUCAAAUUAUUUCAACACAAAUCGGAAGGUUGUUAUUUGGAGGUACCAGGAAACAACAACCCUAGGAUUGAACCACCUUCAACAAUCCUUGAAACUGAGGAGCAACGAAAUCAACGAAAUCAUGAAGAAGAACUCGAGAAAGCCCGUAAAGAAAAAAGACCAAAAAUAUAUAAUGAAGGACGGCCAGGAAACAAAAAACCUAGGAUUGACCCUCCUUCAACAAUCCUUGAAAUUGAGGAACAACGAAAUCACGAAGAACUCGCGAAGAAAUAUAUUUUCAAGAACAGCUUGGAACUGAAGAACACAAAAAAGAAAUCCCCUUUGCUAUAUGUGAUGACGUUGAGAGACCCCUGGUCUAAAGUCUAA